CUCUACUCCCUCCAGCUUUUACAUGAUAAAUGAAGUGUAUCAGUUUCAGUACUCCAGACCGGUGAGGAAGGGAGAGAAGGACCCAGACAACGAGUUCUCGAACAUGUGGAUCGAGCGAACCACUUACACCACGGCCUACAAACUGCCUGGGAUCCUGAGAUGGUUCGACGUCAGGUCUGUCUCCACGGAGGAGAUCAGUCCUUUGGAGAAUGCCAUGGAGACGAUGCAACUGACCAAUGAGAAGAUCAGCAACAUGGUGCAGCGUCACCUGAACGACUCCAACCUUCCCAUCAACCCCCUCUCCAUGCUGCUCAACGGCAUCGUGGACCCCGCUGUCAUGGGCGGUUUCACCAACUACGAGAAGGCAUUCUUCACAGAGAAGUAUCAGGGGGAUCACCCUGAGGACCAGGAGAAACUGGACAAACUGAAAGACCUGAUCGCAUGGCAGAUCCCUUACCUAGCUGAUGGAGUUCGUAUCCAUGGAGAGAAAGUGUCUGAGGCUCUGAGGCCUUUCCAUGACCGCCUGGAGGCCUGCUUCAAACAGCUCAGAGAGAAAGUGGAGAAACAGUACGGAGUCAAGACUCUGCAGACAGUCUUAGCCAGAGCCACUUACAGUUAG